AAGAGGGUGUAGUCAAGCAGGACAAGGUCACGAAUGAAUGGGUACUGAAUGAAUAUGAACCGAAGUGAGUCAUCAGUUUGAAACAAUUAUGCUGUGGUGGUUUGGUUAUGUAGACAGAAUGAAUGCGGAUUGAAUUACAAAACAGCUAUGUGAAGGAAGAGCGAUUGGGUCAAAAGGAAGGGGAAGACCAAGGAUAUCAUGGUGGGAUGAGAUUCUGAAAAAUCCUCCUUGGCUUGGGGCUUCCUGCUGGUGGCACCUGUUGGCCGUUGCUGGAACAGGACACUGAGUCGGGGGGCCUCCUGGGCCCUGCUCCUAUUCCUAAAUCUAAUGGACAUCCAGGCACUCAGCACCCACGUAGCCUCCCAGCUGAAGCAGCUGGGUGAAGGCUGGCCGGUGGAAAAUCCCUCUGUGUUUUCACAAAUAGCCGUGUCCCACAGGAGAGUCCUUAUUUUUAGAAAGCUGCCCGAAUCUGCUGCAACUACCAGGUCCUGCCUUUGAGAACGAGUCUCUGGAAGGGCUUUGGCAGCCCUUGUCUGUGGCGCAGUUGCCCUGAACCUGGCUGCCUGAGCUAUGUGGCAGGCGGCACGACUCCGCACAGGCGCUCAUGGAUCACGAUUCUUAGUACACAAACCUAGCCCAUGUCCUAAACGUUUUGUGCUGUCUAGGGCUCGCCCUGGGUCUGGAGCCCCAUUUCAGCACGCCUGAUCGUGGCUGAAGCAGAAGGAAAAAGAGGAGCUGCUUGGAGGACUGGUUGACGGGCCGCCUUUGUCCUGCUCCGAGGCUGGAGACAGCCAGCAGUUUCUGGUGCUGGGAACGUGGCUGGCCUGCCGUGCUUCUGCCAGUGACUCCAGCCCCUCUUGAGCCUGGCUGUCAUCAGAGGGGAGAGUUCUUUCAAGGCCAGGGCUUGCGGGAGGACAGUGAGGGCAGACCAGAGUUAUGGGGUUGGGGCCGUCCUCUGGGAUAGUUUCUUGCAGGGGAGCCGUGUAUUUACGCUAUCUUCGCCAGCGCGACUUGACUGGCCUGGCAGCAGAUGCUCCAGUUAGAAUCCAGAUGGGUUUCAUUUAAUAUUUGGGGAUUUUUUCAUGUGUCAGCUUUAGUGGUGGGUGCAGUUAUGUUUGACUGCAGUUUUCUGUCUAAACAAACAAUGGCUGGCCAAGCACAUAGAACUGUUGUCUGGUGCAGCUGGCGGUGCCUGUGCAAAGUGGAACUCUAGCAGGAGUGGAACGGUCCAAAGUUUCAGGAGCCCCACCUAUGCCUCCCCCACGUGGCCAUCCUCUACGCACAGCCUCACCCGUGUAGGCACAUGAAGCGGCACACCCGCUUCCUCUCCGCCACAGAGAUAUUCCUGUGUGUAACUCCCCUGCGGCCUUUGGCACCUACCCCACGCCACACCUGGAGUGCAACAGCUGUUAUAAUGUGGGAGGCUAGCAAGCCAAGCACAGCAAGACUGUCCCACCUCCCAGAACCUGCAGGGCCAGCUUGCUUAUGUACAGAGGCUGUUGUUUUCCCAAUGGGUGCAUGCAGCAUGCAUGAACAUACCUUCUUGGAGUUGGCACCAAGCAGCUGCUUGGUUUUUCCUUCUGCUGUUACUCUUCCUGACAUUCACACAACACGCUUGCCCUGGUCACUGAUUUAACCCCUUUCCAUAGUUUACACAGGGCAUUGAAUCAUAUGCUAAUUAACAGGUUGGAAUUGCACCAAAUCAUGGUGCAAAAUAAACCCUAAUCAUGGUUAAACUUAGCCAAGCUGCCUGAGUGUGGCAUCUGCCUCUUGGUCUCGGUCUCUCUUCCUCUUCCACCAUUAAUCCUGAGGGACUCUUGAAUUCACUACCCAGGAAUAGCAUUGAGAAGACCUAGUUGGGAGGGGGGAGCACACUGGAGAUGUCGAACACCCACAAAAAUGUUAUUGUUCAGGACAGAGUCUUGGGUGCUGUGGCUCCCCGUUCACCUCAAAGGGUCUCCCUUGUCAGGCCAUGUCCCGAGAAGUUGAGGGAUGGGUGAAGGCCAGAAGGGCUCUUCGGGGUCCAGGCCUCCCGAACCCGCGUCUGCAUCCAGCCACUGUUGCCUGCUCCCCGUUUUCCUGCUUGACAGCUGCUGUUUUCUUUUAACUCCGGAGACAUUGGGCGUAGCAACCUUCGCUUCUGUCCCAGGGUUCCUCUUCUGCCUCCCAGUUCAGGGGCUUGGUAGAAUUGAAUCUCCUUUGGCUCUGUAAGAUACUAAUUUAAGAGGUCUCCAUGGUCCAAAAACUGCACCAUGCCCUUUUGGUCAGUGGUCACUUUUAUCUGAGAGACUCACCUGGCACAGCGAUAUGCCUGUCCUCAAGACUUCUGUCGGGAGGGUGUUCUUUCUCUGCCCUGCCUCCUGGCAGUGCUCCGCUGCAAAUGGAUUUUCUCUGUGCAAAACACAGCUCAGCAUUUGAGCCACAGGGGAGGCAAAAUACCUGGCUCAAGAGGUUGGCAUGGUAUACCCUUGGGCGCAAACCAGGUGCUACCAAAUGGUUUCUGCUUCCAUUAGAGGAGAGCGAGAGUUUGUGUCCGAAUCAUGUGACCUCUUUGGCAUGGAGAGGAACCCUGGCACCUCCGAAGGCUGGUUGGUUGGUUGGUUGGCUCCUCAAGGAUGGAGGUACUAAGCGGGGACUGGAGAGAAAGGACAGGUUCUCAUGGGUCCUGUUCAUGUGUAAGGGGCAGAUCUGUACAAAGCCUCAAAAAGCUGCUUUGCCGCAACUGGCAAAGUACCCUCCGAUGUGGGUCAUGAAGGGAAGGGGCUCCUGCUGGGAGGCACCGCACUGAAGCUGCUGCAUUGCAUCAGUUCAGCCACUUGGAUGGGCAUCUGUGGACGCACACGGGGGUGUUCACAUGUGCUCCCACAGAAGGCAUUCCAUGGAACCAGAGAGAGCCACUUUCAGGUUUUCCAUGGCAGCGUCAAGGCUGAGCCCCUGGCUCUUUCAGGUGGGGAGGCCCCUUCAGAGAGGGAGUUCCAGAGUAGAAGCUGCUCCAUGAAACAAAGUGAUGCUGCUUUGCCCAACCCUUGUAACCACCAGGCUCUUGUUUCCCCCCAUAGUGGCUUCCGUUGUCAUGGCUCGCCGGUCACAGAGCUCCUCUCAAGGGGACAACCCUCUGGAUCCCAACUACCUUCCGCCCCACUACAAGGAGUACUACCGCCUGGCGCUGGACUUGCUGGCUGAGGAGGGCAAGGAGAGCUACCAUCGGUUUCUGGCUGAGGAGGGGGCCCCAGACUUCCUCUGCCCCUCAGAAAUUGAGCACAUCACCCAGCACCUGCAGAAGCCACAGUAUGCCUCUCAGGAGGGUGGGGGCAGCACAGACUCUGGCCCACAGGAUGUCGACAUGGAUGGUUCCUCAGGCACUUACUGGCCAGUGAACUCUGAUCUGGCUGUUCCAGAGCUGGAUCUAGGCUGGCCAAUGGUCUUUGGGUUCCGGGGAACUGAAGUGACCACACUGGUGCAGCCGCCACCCCCAGACAACCCCAGCAUCAAGGAGGAGGCACGUCGAAUGAUUCGUGCUGCACAGCAGGUGGUUGCCAUAGUAAUGGAUAUUUUCACUGAUGUGGACCUCUUGAGUGAAGUGCUGGACGUGGCCGCACGCAGAGUCCCUGUGUAUAUCCUCCUAGACGAGAUGCACGCCCAGCUCUUCCUGGACACGGCUGCCAAAUGCAGAGUGAACCUCAACUUUGUGGAAUUCCUACGAGUGCGGACAGUUUCUGGCCCCACCUACUACUGCCGCACGGGGAUGUCCUUCAAGGGUCAUGUGAAGGAGAAGUUCUUGCUGGUGGACUGCAUGGUGGUGCUGAGUGGCAGCUAUAGCUUUAUGUGGUCAUUUGAAAAGAUCCAUCGGAGCAUCGCUCAUAUCUUCCAGGGAGAGCUUGUGGCCAGCUUUGAUGAGGAAUUCCGUAUUCUUUUUGCACAGUCAGACCCACUGGUUCCUCCAUCCAAUAUUUUAGUGAGGACAGAGACCCCUAUGGGGCCCUUCACCGUGGCACCCUUUGGCAAUAACAUGCCCUUCUUUCCAAAGAAACCACAGCUACUUUUCCCCCGAGAGGACAACCUUUUCUCACCAUUCGUGGACCGGAUUGAUCCAGACAGAUAUUUCCUGUCUUCUUUUAGAAGAGAUGACAUGCUGCGUCAUACCUUAGAAGGUUCAGCAAUGCGAAUGUACUCCAAGAAAAUGGAAAUGGAGAACUGCCAAAUGGAUCCUGUUCGGGGCUAUCUCCGUUCCAAGCAGCUGGAGAUGGACUCAUUUAAAAGGCACAGCUUUGCAGAAGGGACCUUUGAGAACUUUCAGUCCUCAAAGCAGUUUUCUAAGCAGUUGUUCAUGAACAAUUUGGACGAAUUUAAAAUUCAGUCCAGUCAUUUUCAGAAAGACCAGUUUUAUCAGUAUCAGUUUGAACAUCCCCAUGGGGCUAACAGGCCCCAGGGGCUUUUUGAAAGAAUUCGAGGAGGCAGACUAGGAUUCAAUGAACCAGAAGAUUAUGCAGAUGGCUUUCGGUGUCCAGAACUGGAAUCCAAUUUCCCCCAGGAUGGGUAUCCACUGCGGUUGGAUUAUGUGCCUUCCAAUUCUUCUAAAGAAGUGCGACAUGGCUCUGAUCAUGUGAAUCCAGGAGGAAAUGGUCUUCUAGGUCUUCAAUCUCUAAGAAGGCAAAACAUGGGGCAGAAAUUUAUGUGCCAGACAUCUCCCACGCAGAAGCAGAGCAUGGAACAGCGGCUGUUUCUGCAUGACCAAGGCCAAGAUGUAGAUCAAGACAAGAAAGUUCAGGAGAACAGGGCAGGGUUACGCAACUGGAGAAUUUCCUCCUACCUUAGUGGGUAUCAGUCUGAACCAGGAGAGGAAGGCCUUCCAAUCCCAGUGGAGUCAGAGAUGUAUAAUGAGGUACUUAGUCCUCCAGAGCCCCUUACUAGGUACCCCAGCGACCUUCUCCCCAGUUUCAAACCUCCACUUCCACUUCCAAACACCAAAGACAUUUCUGGAACUGAGAGAUUGCUAGAAGAAACCUCUGUGGUGAAACAGGAUCCCUUCAGGAGCAGGAUAAACCCCCUGAUCCAAAGGAGUUCACGACUUAGAUCUUCUCUUAUUUUUAGUGCUGCCAAAUUAGACCAGCAAAACUCACCCACUGAAAAAGUCCAAAUGGUGCAAAAAGAGCAGACCUCCAGUGAAAUGAUAAAGGACGCUGAAACUAUAAAAACGACCACUGUCUCCAAAGUAGCUGAGUUGCUUGAAAAGUACAAGUCUGUGGGCAAAGACUUGGAAAGUAGCACUCUCAGUCAGACCAAAGCUAUGUCUGCUUUUCUCCAGGAAGAAUCUCAGAAUGCAGAAAAAAAAUGCACCAAAUCGGUCCAGUACAAGAUUCUGGAGAGCAGGGUGCUGGAUUCCAAAGACUCUUUCAGUCCUUAUAAAUUGCACCCAGAGUCAGAGGAACAAUUUGGAGGGUCUACCUCAGCCACUGAUAUGCUUAGCAAGGACCCUGUGGCCCAAGUGAGCAAUAAAAUGGACAAGCUAUCUUCUCGAUUUUAUCCAACGGACAAAUCCAGUCUUCCAGAGAAGGAGAGCCUAAUAUUUGUUGGAGAAACUCAGAAACUUGCUAUACCAGACAGGAGGGAAAACUUGUCUUUCAAAGGAGGAGAUGGAUCUGAAACUGAAGACAAACCAGCACAAAUACAAACCAGCAGCACUUCCUCCAAGAACGUUAGCUCUGAUAGCUCUCUUAGUAAGCCAGAUGAAGAAAGCUGCAAGCAGGAACCAAGUCCAAGAGAGUUUUUUAGGAAGGGAUCCCUCAAGCUAAAGCAGUUGCUGAAUCCCAAAGGUGAGAAAAAAACAGAAGAAGAAACAGUCCUGGAGAGCUGGAAGCCAGAUAAGUUGAACACAGCUGCCCUCAAGCGAAUGUCCAAGAAUGAUUCCCAGGAGAUUAUAGAGGAAGAAAAAUCCCCCAGACUGACUGCAUCAGCGCCUGUCCUCAAGGGGAACCCAACACCUCAGCCUCGAUUGCCCUCAUCCACAGCCAACGUCCUCUAUAGCAGCAACCUCCGAGAUGACACAAAGGUCAUUCUGGAACAGAUUUCUGCUAACAGCCAGAAGAACCGAGCAGAGCUGGCCAGGCAGCUUCCAGCGGCCAGCAAUCCUGAGUUGUCCAGGUCCACCACAAAUUUAGACCAUAAAGGUGAAGAGAGGAACACAGGGAUCAGUAGAUCAGAAAGCUUUGGGAGCCAUAAGCGGAGCCUCCAGAGGGAGCCUUCUGAGGACAGGGAUUCUCUUCUGAAAAGGAUGGAGAGCAUGCGGAAGGAGAAGCGAGUCUAUAGCCGCUUUGAGGUCUUCUGCAAGAAGGAGGAACAAGGUGAAGAGGAAUGUGAGACAGAUGCCAAAGACAAGAAGAUGGGGAAGUUCAUGCCGAAACUCCUGGGGACAUUCAAAACCAAAAAAUGACUUUAAAGUGGCUGCCUGGAACUGCUCUGCCUGGGACAAAUGUUUGUGGCAGGCCCUCCUCUCCGGACAUUCCAUUUCCCUGCCCAUUCUAGCUGCAGAACAGCUGGGGUGGUGGCUGGGGGAGAGGGGAAGGAGGGCUACCUGAAGCGGGAUUAAAGGACUAUUGGGUGCACUAAGAGGCCUGCGUCAAACAGAAUGUUAACUUUCUUCAGAAGGGCUAGAGAUUAGUCCCACACACAGCUAUCAAAGGAACUCCCUCCAGCUACAGGAGAAAAGCACACCAAUAUGAACUAAGAGGGGCCAGUUGGCAACACAGCUGCUUCUUGGUUAAGCUCUGUUUAAGACACCUGUUCUUAGGGCCCAGCUCAGGGCAGCCAUCUUUGGCCACUGCCUUACAUCUUUUGCCCCUGCAGCAGGGCCACAGCUGCCUUGAGGGCCCACCAUUUCAGUCAUCUAUUUUCUUUGUGGGGAUAGUUCAUCUGUGGGUGGAGGUAAAGAGGCAGGACUAAGGGAAUCCAUGUGGGAAGGUGAAAUCAGUUUUAUAUGGAGAACUAGAUUUGUGGGGCCUGGGCAGCACCAAUUGCUGGGUGCUUCUCUGAGGCAACAACAGGAAUGAAGUUAACUAGGCAGAGUUAGGGUAUCUACACCCAGCACAGGGAAGGCAGGAACAAGGCAGCUGCCUAGAAGAAGUCAGUCCCUUCCUAUUCCUUGAUUUGCCCCACUGCUACUUGGUUCAGGCCUGCUUCCAUGGCUAGGAGGAAGGUGGUUCUAGGCUGUACCAUCUGAGGCCACAGGAGGGCCAUGCGUUGAUAGGAUGCUACUUCACAAGCAAUGUUUCCUACCAGCUAGCAAAUGAGAUGCUGGGGAAAAGCAUUGUACUACAGCUUUGCUAUGUGGAGCAUAACCUAACCCUAACUCCUUCUCCAUUAUGGAUAAGCCCUCUAUUUCAUAAAAUCAUAGAGCUGGAAGGGAACAUAGAAGUCAUCCAGUCCAAUGCAUUGCUCAGUGUAGAACGCAUUAGAAUAUCUUUGCUAGAUGACCAUCUGCUGGAAGAUCUCCAGUAAAGGAGAAUGCACAUCAUGUGCUAGCCUGUUCCACUGGCUGACUUCCUCCUGAUGUUUAGCCUGAUCUUUUUUCCUUGUUCUUUUAACACACUGGUUCUGGUCCUGCCCUCUGGGACAAUAGAGAAUAAGCCCACUUGCUGUUUCAUGGGACGACCCUUCAGAUAUUUGAAGACUGCUAUCAUACCUCACACCUCUUCUACAGGUUAAACAUGUCCAGAUCUCUCACCAUUUCUCAUAGGGCAUUGGUAGCCUUCCUCUGAACUUGCACCAAUGUGUUACCAUCUCUUUUGAACUAUGGUACCCAGAACUGGAUAUAGGACUCCAAAUGGGGUUUGACCAGGGCAGAGUAGAAUGGGACAUUUAAUUCUGGGAUUUGGACUCUUAUGUUCCCAUUAAUGCACCCAAGAUAGUCUUUGCCUGUUUAGCAGCUGCAUCGCACAAGUGGCUCAUGUUUUAGUUUGUAGUUGAUGAGUUCACACAUACUACUACCAAGCCAUGUUUGCCCCAUCCUAGAUUAGUGCCUUAUAUUUUUCCCACUGAGAUGCAGAACUUAACAUUUCUCCCUGUACAAUUCCAAACUAUUCAUUUCAGCUUGCUGCCCAAACUGGUCUAGAUCUUUUUGAAUCUUCUCUCAUCAACUACUACUCCCAGCUUUGUGCUAUCUGCAAACUUGAUAACUACCCCCACAACUCUCUCCUCCAAGCCCUUGAUAAAAAUGUUGAGCUCUGUGCCCCCACCCCUACUCCACUGGGUUAGAAAUAGGAUUAGGGCUAGAUGAUACUACUGUUAGAUGGACUCCCAGUUGGCUGAGCAAUUGCACCCAAAAAGUGCUUGCUCAUGGCUUCCCUUGAGCUUGGAAGGAAGCUUCAAGUGAAGAGUGUCUAGAAAUACUGUGUCUAAGAAUUUGCUGAGGUCCUGGUCCAUGAUGUCUGCAAUAUUUCCCUGAUCUACUAAGCUAGUAAUUCUAUCCAAGGAUAUAGUCUGGGACAAUUUAUUUGUGACAAUCCCAUGCUGGCUCUUGUUAACUGUUGUAUUUCUAUCCUAGUGCUCACAAAUAUGUUGCAAGAUAAUUUGUUUGAAUACAGUGCCCAGUAUAGAUGUCAAAUUGACAAGUCUGUAGUUUCUCAGGUCCUUCUCCUUCCCUUUUUGAAGAUGGGGAUUUGGUCUCCUCCAGUCUUCUGCAACCUUACCAGUCCUCCAGAAGUUCUCAGAGAUUACCAAGAGGGUUCUGCAAUGAUCCUCAAUACCCAGGAAUGUAAUCCAUGUGGCCUUGGAGACUUGAAUUCAUUUAAGUUAGCUAAUUUCUCUCUUACCUUGUCCUUAUCUGUCCUGAGCUGCAGUUUCCUCAUAGCCGUAGCACCAUUUCUAUUCUGGGAGAAGACAGAUGCAAAGUAAGAGUUGAAGUUCUGCCUUUGUACCAUCAGCCCUAAUCAUGUCAUCACUUCCUUCUUACAGUGGGCCUACAAUCUGCUUGGCUUUACUUUUUGACAUUAUAUUUAUUGUUCCUCCUUCCCUUUCCUGUAUGUGUCCCUUUAGCAUUCAGGAGGGCUCCUUAUGUAUCCAUGCUGGCCUCUUUAGAUUUCUCCCAUUUUUCCUUGGUUGGAUUGUUUUUGAUGGUACCUUACAGAAUCCCAUUUUGUAGAAUUUUCCUCAUCCUUCAGGAUUUCAAGUGAUUGGAUCUCACCUACCUUCCCUUGGAAUUUAUUAAAAUUCAUUCCAAAAACCUCUUUUCAGUUCCCCUUCCAGAUACCACAAAUUCAAAGAUAACAUGAUAACUUUCCCUAAGGUAUCAGUUACCUUCAUCUCUUCAAGCAGUUCUUCCCUGUUGGUAAGGAUUAGAUCUGGAGUAGCAGGCCCUCUUGUUCUUCUGAUGAAUGAAGCUCUCAGCAAGACAGGGCAAAAAUUUGUUAGACCUUUGACUCUUGGGAAAUUCCCCACUGAUGUCAGGGUAAUUGAAAUCUCCCAUUAUUGCUGACAGUCAUAGAAUUGUCGUGUUGGAAGGGACCACAUCUUUCCAACCAUCUUUACCAUGAUAUCUUUUUAUGUACUUGAACACAUAACAUGUUUUCCCUCUUCUUUUCUUUGGAUACCUUUUCUUUGGAUAAUUUGAAUAUCCAAAUUCCUUUAGCCUGUCCUCAGGUCCCUGUAUUUUGUCACCCUCCUCUGAACCUCUUCUAACUUGUCAAUAUUCUUCUUGGCAUAUGCUCAGAAUCAUAUGCACAUGUGAUGCGGUCUCACCAGUGCAGAGCAGAGAGGACAUUUAUAUAGCCAGCUGCUGACGUCCAGGAUCCUGUUUUUUCUUCUUGCACACUGACACAUUUUAACAAUUUGGCAUAUAAGUGGGCAUCCAGCAAAUUUUUUAACACUUCAUGAUUCUCAGCUGGAAGGAUUGAUGAAAAAACUACCUGUGCUCCUGGUUUCACAGACCUUUCCUGCUCUGAUCACAUGCUCUCAGAAGCUUAUACUCUCAGCGAGGACCAGCCUGGACUGAGCCACCAACUGCAGUCUGAAGGGCUACAGCUUAGACAAUGCUUCUCAGGGAAGGUGGAAGGACUACAGCCCCGAUUCAAUAAAGCUACUUUGCAGAUAGAAGACUACAGGUCAAUCCUAACCAAUCUUGGUACAACAGGAGUUACACUGGAGAGACAGAGGGCAUCCACUAGGAUAGACAAAGCAUCUUCUUGAGGCUUGUGCAGACAGGUAGCAUUACCGAGCUCUUGGAAUGAGUUGCAAUCCAAUCUCAGAGAGGAUGGGAAUACCUGUUUACACCCUACAGAGCAAUCUUCCACAUUCCUCUCCUCCCUCCUAUGUGGGGUGUGAGAACAUGGUUAGGGUUAGAAGUUAGGGUUAGACAAGUUUAGGGUGAGGGGGUUAGGGGUAGGGGUAGGGAAGGGGAGCAGCACAGACUCAUACUCAGCCAACUCUGGUACAGAAAAGAGACCAUUGUGUACUUUCUCCUCAGGUUAAAGGCUAGGUUAAAAUGAGCACAGCCAGAUAUAGACUAGUAUCAGGGACCAAUAGGUAGGAAAAAAGAAUGCACCUCCUGGGGGUGGUCUUUGGUGCUUAACAUCUCUUUUCUCCUCUGCCUGUUAGAACGUUUCUUUAAUUCUGGUUCUUUGUCUAUUGCUUUGCUUGCCCUUGCUAGGCUGGAAGGAGUGUGGGGUGGAAGAAUGCACUGCAGGUGUGGGUGUCAGUGGCAACUCAUGGGCUGAGACAACUCCUUGCUGGUUAUUGCAGAAGCAGCAAAAUGGCCAGAAUUGGGCCUUAUGUGCCUAGUCUCGGCACAACUAGGAAUAUUUGAUAGUCUCCGAAAAGGGAUGGAAAAAUUCUUGUAGCUGGUCCAUGUAAACAGUUCUGAAUUUGAUGGAUAUAAGUGGCAUCUCACAGGGUAUUAGCAAGACUCACAAAGGACAUUAGUGGGUGAUUUAGUGAGGUCAUUAAAAUCCUAAUAGAGUUCUUUAUUUUCAUUUUUGUUCAUUCCUUUGCGGCUUAGCAUAUAAUGCAAACCCAGUUUGUUUAGUUUAUGCCUUUCUCUCUCACACACACACACAAAGAACACUGCUUCUCCCAACUGGUCUGGUACAUGGUAUACUAAGUUUUGUUGCUCCACUUUAAUACCAGGUUAAAGGGGGCGAGACAAUUUUUUUGAGGACCUCAACCCAUAGAGAGCCUCAAUGCAGCUAGAUACUGUAGUACCUCUAUGAGCAAAACCAUCUGCUAUCAGAGCCAGCCACUGAAGGCCAAGCUCUCGAUCUUCCUGGAAGAGCUGUUCAGCAUGGAACCAUUUGUCUAGAUCUCCCCCUUGCUGGAGGCUUCCAAAUGGGGCUGGUUGGCCACCUCUCAGGAAUGAUUUAGAGGAUUCCCUAAGGUCUCGUCUGACUCAUGCAUUCUGUGAUCCUGUCUUGUGCUGGACUUCCCAAAAGCCUUUAGUUGACUUUCAUGGACAAGAUGCUGGCUGGACCUAUGGUAGGGAGCCCUGUUUCCGGGCUCCUUGGGUAGUCUCUGCAGUCUAGCACAAAUUAUUAAUUGGGAUUGUUCAGAUAACUCAGACUGAAUUACCACUUUGUAAGAACUAAGAGGAAGCAAGGGGUGUCAGCCAAGGGCCCAAGACUUGAAAAUAGUUGACUGGAGAAUUCUUUUGCUCAGGCCAUUGCUUCAAGUGCCAGUCUUUGCUCCUCCUGAUUAUGGGCUGCCCCUGAUAAAAAUGUAUCCAUUACUUUGAAAUCUGUGUUAAAUUGGGCAGUUCUUAAACCUUUUGGCAGCUGAUGGAAAAGGGGCUGCUGGAUUGUCCUAAGAGUAUUUGGGAAGAUAGCCCAUCAGGUUUGAGGCAAUGGGGGGAAAGCAAACAGGUUCAUCAGUUGCCCAGAAGACUGAUAGUUCUGCUUAAAGCAGUUAGAAAUUCUGUGACUGGAAUAAACUAUGCAAAUGUACAUACA